AUGAGAUCAAGUCAAUCUUCUUGGUUCCCACGUAUAGGGCUACUCUACGUAGCCUUGGUUAUGUUGAUUCCAUUUUUGGUUUCACCUAAAAACGCUUUUGCAGUAGCCGCUGCUUCUGACGACGACAGUGCAACUGACAAUUACGGUACAGUUAUUGGUAUCGACUUGGGUACAACCUACUCAUGUGUAGGUGUUAUGAAGAAUGGUAAAGUUGAAAUCUUGGCCAAUGACCAAGGUAACAGAAUCACUCCUUCGUACGUGUCAUUUAACGCCGACGAAAGAUUGGUUGGUGAUGCCGCCAAGAAUCAAGCUGCCUCCAAUGUCAACAAUACCGUGUUUGACAUUAAAAGAUUAAUUGGUUUGAAAUACAAUGAUGACACCGUGCAGAAGGAAUUGAAGCAUUUGCCAUUCAAGAUUGAAAACAAAGGUAAUAAACCCGUUGUUAAAGUUGAGUUCAAUGGUGAAGAAAAGACUUUUUCACCAGAGGAAAUUUCUGGUAUGAUUUUGUCCAAGAUGAAGAAUAUUGCUGAAGAAUACCUCGGCAAAAAGGUUACCCACGCUGUUGUCACCGUGCCAGCCUACUUUAACGAUGCCCAAAGACAAGCUACUAAGGAUGCUGGUACCAUUGCUGGUUUGAAUGUCUUGAGAAUUGUUAACGAACCAACCGCAGCAGCUAUUGCUUACGGUUUGGACAAGACCAACGAAGAGAAACAAAUUAUCGUUUACGACUUGGGUGGUGGUACUUUUGACGUUUCCCUCUUAUCCAUUGAAGGUGGUGUUUUCGAAGUCUUGGCCACUGCCGGUGACACACACUUGGGUGGUGAGGAUUUCGACCACAAGAUUGUUAGACACUUGGCUAAACAAUUUAAAAAGAAGCACAAUAUUGACAUUUCAUCAAACGCCAAGGCCAUUUCUAAAUUGAAGAGAGAAGCUGAAAAGGCCAAGAGAACUUUGUCAUCACAAAUGUCCACCAGAAUUGAGAUUGACUCAUUUGUUGAUGGUAUCGACUUUUCCGAAACCCUCUCUAGAGCCAAGUUUGAGGAAUUGAACAUUGCUGCAUUCAAAAAGACUUUGAAGCCAGUGGAACAGGUUUUGAAGGAUGGUAACGUUAAGAAGUCAGACAUUGAUGAUAUUGUCCUUGUUGGUGGUUCUACUAGAAUCCCUAAGGUGCAAGAAUUGUUGGAAAACUUUUUUGAUGGUAAAAAAGCUUCCAAGGGUAUUAACCCAGACGAGGCUGUUGCUUAUGGUGCUGCUGUUCAAGCUGGUGUCUUGAGUGGUGAAGAAGGUGUCGACGAUAUUGUCCUUUUGGAUGUCAACCCAUUGACUUUGGGUAUUGAAACCUCAGGUGGUGUUAUGACCACUUUGAUCAAGAGAAACACUGCUAUCCCAACCAAGAAAUCACAAAUCUUUUCGACUGCAGCUGACAACCAGCCAACUGUCUUGAUUCAAGUUUAUGAAGGUGAAAGAACCAUGGCUAAGGACAAUAACAGAUUAGGUAAAUUUGAGCUUACCGGUAUUCCACCAGCACCAAGAGGUGUUCCACAAAUUGAAGUUACAUUUUCUUUGGAUGCUAAUGGUAUCUUGAAGGUUGAAGCAGCUGACAAGGGAACUGGUAAAUCAGAAAGUAUCACCAUCACAAAUGAAAAGGGUAGAUUGUCCAAGGAUGAAAUUGACAGAAUGGUUGAAGAGGCUGAGAAAUAUGCUCAACAAGAUCAAGAAUUGAAGGAAAAGAUUGAAGCCAGAAACUCAUUGGAAAACUAUGCUCAUCUUUUGAGAGGUCAAUUGAAUGACAAAUCAGAGACAGGUUUAGGUUCCAAAUUGGAUGAGGAAGAUAAAGAAACAUUGGAUGAUGCUGUUAAAGAGACUUUGGAAUUCAUCGAAGACAACUUUGACACAGCUACUGCUGAAGAGUUUGAAGAGCAGAAACAGAAGUUGGUUGACAUUGCUAACCCUAUAACUGCCAAAUUGUAUGGAGGUGCAGGUGGUGAGGCAGGUGGAGCUGGUGGAGAUGCCAAAUUCGGCGAUGACGAUUCAGAUGAUGAAUUGGACCACGACGAAUUGUAA